AUGGAGAAGUUGAUAUUGGAAAGGCCUGUUUCUGUGUCUAAGGAUGAAAUGCCUACAGUUUCUUCCCAGGAGAAGCCAGAUACCAACUCGUGCCCUCAUGCACCUGGCAAAUAUUUUCUCCCUGGUGGGAUGGACAAUGAGAACUGCAAAGCUAAUGAGAAGGAAAUGGACUGGAUCCGCCCUGAUAUACCUAGCAAAUGCACGUGGAAGCUUGGGAAACCCAUCUCUGCCUCCCCCCAUCGUCAUACCACUCUGCCAGAGCCUCUGAAAAUCCUGCCAAGUAUCCUGAAUAAAGUUGGCAAUACACCCUUGGUGCGAAUCAACAAGAUUGGGAAGCAGUAUGGGCUCAAGUGUGAACUCUUGGCAAAAUGUGAGUUCUUCAAUGCUGGGGGCAGUGUGAAGGACCGCAUCAGCCUGAGGAUGGUAGAGGAUGCUGAAAAAGCUGGGAUCUUGAAGCCUGGGGACACUAUCAUAGAGCCAACCUCUGGAAACACAGGAAUUGGGCUGGCCUUGGCUGCAGCAGUGAAGGGUUACCGCUGUAUCAUUGUGAUGCCAGAGAAAAUGAGCAUGGAGAAGGUGGAUGUCCUGAGAGCUCUGGGUGCUGAGAUUGUGAGGACCCCAACAACUGCCAGAUUUGAUUCUCCUGAAUCUCAUGUGGGAGUAGCAUGGAGACUGAAAAAUGAAAUCCCCAAUGCACAUAUACUAGACCAGUAUCGUAAUGCUAGCAACCCCCUGACACACUAUGACACCACAGCUGAAGAAAUCCUGCAGCAGUGCGAAG